AUGGCAUGGAAUUAUCUAGAAAAUUGCUUCUAUGAAAAGCGUAUUAAUACAACUUUACAUGGUUAUAAUGAUCUACACGAUCGUUGGCUAUCUGACUUUGAUUGUUUUGACCGUUGUUUAAGAACUGAUUCUCGAAACUGUCGUUCAUUUGAACAUUGGCAUAAGAAUGGUUACGGUAUCUGUGUACGAGCAAAUAUUUCAUUAACUGAUUAUCCAUUAAUAACAAGACAUAAUCCAUUCGUUGACUAUUAUGAAAUUCGUUGUAGACAAGAUCAUGAAACUAUAAAACCAAGUGUAAUACAUUGUCCAAAUGAUCAAUUGUUCUUAACAAUUCAAUUAAAUGGUAUUGAUCCAAAUGAUGUUCUACUUGGUGAUCGCAGUUGUAAAACUAAUUGGUCAAAUGAAACACACGCUCAAUUUAUUUCACAUAUCAAUAAUUGCUCAUUGACACUAAUCAAUGAUUCGAUUGUGGGUAAAAUUCGUUGGAAAAAUGUACAUAAACAUAACCAUACCAUCAAACAAUAUGAACGUUUUUUUGUCUGUCAACCUAAUAUCGAACAAAUACGUCUAAUGCAUCGAACUUCAACAAAACCAACACUAUACGAUGAUCACAAUGCAUUAAUAGUGUCUUCGAAUCAUUAUGAUAUAUACAACGAUGAACAAGAAAUGAUGUCAUCGAACAGAAUUACUUUCGCAUGGAAAUCACAUAAUCAUUCAUAUUUAUGUCCUCAAUCGUGUUAUAUAUCUCUAUAUUCUUUUAUUAAUAUAACACUCGAUGAUUUAUCAUUAAUAUCAUCGAAAUUUCUGAUUGAUUCGUGUGAUUUCAUAGCACUUCAUCCUUACGCGAAUUAUGUACAGUCAAGACGAUUGAUUUAUCAAGGCUGUUCUAUUGAUCCAACUGUGAUUCAAGUUGCAAUGAAUUCUUCCUCAUCUUCAAUAUUUCAUUUUUCAUUUUAUCUAUAUCACAUACUUAAAGAACCGAUUCCAUUUCAAAUACAAUGUAAAAUUUUACAUCAAGAUGAUCAAACUGAAUUACAAAAGAAUAUCGACUGUUCAAAAGCAUUUAUUAAUAAUAAUCAUAAUGAUCCUUCAUCUAUGCAUAAAAAUGGCAAACAAGAUUAUUCCUUUAAAUUGUUUCAUUCAUCGAAAGUUUAUGUUACCAGACAAUUACCCUUCAUUGACUCUGAACGAGGAGCAUUUCAUAGUAAAAGUCCAAUUAUGUCAAUUGCUGCCGUCCAUUAUACAAAGUGCUGUCUUUUAGCCUUUUUUGUUCUUCUAUUAAAUGCAAUUUAG